AUGACUCCUGAAGGGCAUGCUGUAGAUGUAGAGUUAUAAAGCACUAAAAUAUAUAUAGCCUCUUCUGAGCUCUGCACCCGGACUUUACGCUGAGCCUUAAGAUAAAAAGCUGGACUUUGAAUAAGCGGAAUUAUAUAAAGCACAAGGAGAGGAAAAAGUAGGUUAAUUCUACCCUAUAGAGAGAGGAAGAGAGAACGAAGCCAUGGCCAUGUGGAGGACAGCCGCAGCUCUGCUGCUAAUACUACAAACUGUGUUUGGCCAGAGCAGCAUCAGAUGGUGCACCGUCUCAGACCCCGAGCAGAGGAAAUGUGAGGCCAUGUCGCAGUCGUUCGCCCAAGUCUCCAUCCGCCCGUCACUCAGCUGUGUGAACGGUGCCACAGUCGAGGGCUGCGUUCAGAAACUGCAGAAAAAAGAAGCAGAUGCUUUGUCCAUGUUCGGCACUGACAUCUACAACCUGGGGAAGACAGCUUCCUUCAAGAUGGCUGCCAGUGAAUCAAAACCUGAUCGAACCGGUGCUUCCUACUAUUCAGUUGCUGUGGUGAAGAAAGCAAAUCCCGGCAUUAACAUCAACAACCUGGCAGGAAAAAAGAGCUGCCACACUGGUAAAGGCCGAACAGCUGGCUGGAAUAUGCCUUUGGGGUAUCUCAUAGACCAGGGCUACAUGUCUGUGGUGGGCUGCAACAUCCCUGAGGGUGUGGCACAUUUCUUCAAUGCCAGCUGUGUCCCCGGAGCAAACCAGCCGGGUGACCCUGCAUCGCUGUGUCAGCUGUGCAAAGGUGAUGGAAAUCACAAAUGUGAGAUGAGCAACAACGAGCCAUACUUCAGCUACGAAGGAGCGUUCAGGUGUCUGGCUGAGGAUGCAGGAGAGGUGGCCUUCAUCAAACACACAACGGUGGAGGAAAACACUGAUGGUCGUGGACCAGCAUGGGCACACAAACUGGUGUCAUCGGACUAUGAGCUGUUGUGUAUUGACGGCACCAGGGCCCCCGUCUCUCAGUGGAAAUCGUGCCAUUUGGUCCGCGUGCCAUUUCGCGGGAUUGUUGUGCGCAAUGACGUGACUCCUUCUGUGGUGCUCAACAUGCUGACGGAGGGCCUGGAAAAGUCGAGCUUCAACAUGUUCUCAUCUACGGCGUAUGGCGGAGGAACGGUACUCUUCUCUGAGUUGUCCUCCAUGUUUCUAGCGAGCGAAUCGGACGACCCCACAAAGUGGCUGGGUCGCCUCUAUAACAAUGCCAUGAGAGCCAUGGACUGUAAACGUGAAGAUGUGCUGCGCUGGUGUGUGCUUACCAGCGGUGAGCAACAGAAGUGUGCAGGCAUGGGCGUCGCCUUCCAAAGCAAAGGUCUGACUCCGGAGAUCAGGUGUGUCUACGGGGACUCUGUGACUGACUGCAUGAAGAGAAUCAAGAACAAUGAGGCCGAUGCCGUCACUCUUGAUGGAGGUUACAUCUACUCAGCAGGGAAAGACUACGGCUUAGUCCCUGCAACCGGCGAGAGCUACACAGAGGAACGCGAUGGCUCCAUGUACUAUGCAGUAGCAGUUGUGAAAAAGAGCAGUGUUGACAUCCGUAACAUUGACGACCUGCGCGGCCGUCGCUCCUGUCACACCGGAUACGGUCGCACGGCUGGCUGGAACGUUCCCGUAGCAGCACUGAUGGAGAGAGGCCUAAUCACCCCUCAGCACUGUCAGAUACCCCAAGCGGUUGGAGGGUUCUUCAAGCAGAGCUGCGUUCCAGGUGCCAACCUGCCUGGUUUCCCCGACAACCUGUGCGGUGCGUGUGUUGGCGACAGCAUGGGAAAGAACAAAUGUGAGAAGGGAAAAGACCUUUAUGAUGGAUACGACGGUGCCUUCAGGUGUCUCGCGAAAGGAGAUGGAGAUGUGGCUUUUGUCAAACAUUCUACCGUCUUCCAAAACACUGAUGGUAACUCUGGUGAAUCAUGGGCAACAGACCUCCGGUCUACAGACUUCCAGCUGCUCUGUUCCCAGAACACGAAAGCAGAGGCCACACAGUACAGACACUGUAACCUGGCCAGAGUCCCCUCCCACGCUGUGAUGGUGCGGCCCGACACCAACAUCCACGCUGUCUAUGGACUCCUCGGCCGUGCACAGGAAUACUUCGGCAGUGACACGGGUCCUGAUUUCCGGAUGUUUGACUCACAGGCCUACAAGGGCACGGAUCUCAUUUUCAAAGACUCCACUGUGCGCCUCGUGGGCGUUGCUGACAGAAAGACCUACCAGGAGUGGCUGGGCCCGGGAUACAUUGAUUCACUGAUCGAGAUGGAGUGUAACUCCUCGAGUGCAGUGAUGUCCUCGGUGUGGCUGCUGCUGCUGGCCGCGUUCAGCUUCGUGCUAACCAACCUCUGCAUGUAAUGUGACACAGGUGCCCCGCCGCCUCGCUUACUUCAACCUUCUUCAAAUCGUCCAUCGUUGCCUUUGUCCAUUCCAAUUUAGCCCUGCUUUACUUAAGCCUUCUAUCCCUGAAUUAAUGUUUGUAUUUUAAAGAUUGCACUAUUUCUACCUGAUUCUGUAUUGUUUUAAUACACAAGAAGAUGGCAUGUUGGAACCGCCUUUGGAUUUACAUAGUGUUAGUGGUAAAUUAAGCACACUGUUACCUGUUUUUGGGGCAGAUAAGAAACUUUACUGGACAUUCGGCCCGUAUGCCAGUAGGACAUUCGGCCCGUAUGGAUCCAACACAAUGAGAGAAGGUGUUGCGGCCACUUUGUUUAUUGAAGGUGAUCUGCCAUAUCAGUGUGUAUGCUGCCACCUGUUACAUUGCUUUAGUGGUUUGUGUAUGCCUGUUUCAUUUUAAAAAGAACAGACAAUCUGAUUUUUAACUUCACAUGAGUCACAUAUAAUGUUUUAACUUCCGGGUUCACCACGGAGUUCCUGAAAGGAUCCCAGUUGCUUGCGUUAAGUGUAUGUUUGAGACAAGUGAUCGGGUCCAGUUGUCUUUGAAGAGGAGUUUAUAGUUUUCACUCCCUGGAACCUUUAAAACUGCGUUGAUUGCGGAUCAUUUCCCCCCUUAUUAGAUGCUCCAUGUGAAUAUAGAAGUCAGAUGUCUGUUCUCUUCUGCUGCCACUUGCUCUGUGAGCUAACCGACACAGCCUUUCCUGAGUGGAGGUUGUGUUCAUAUUAUAAGCUAAUGCCAUAUCAGUGAAUAUGCACUAGUGGUUCUUCCAUGCAGAGCUGUGCUGACGAUACUGAUGAUGAGUGAUUAUCCAUAGGCUGUUUACUUCAUGCAUUCUCCCCAAAUACCAAAUUAUUAAUACAUGAAUUAUUAAUUAAAAAAUACAAAUUAAUCUUUUUUAUUUUGUAUUAUUGACAGGAACUUAUUUAGCAGCAGAUUUAGCAAUCUAAAUAACCUCCAACUGCCGGCAUUUCUCUUUUUAACCCCGUUGAGCAGGUAGCUCUGACACACCAGUCAGGUUCCAUCACAUUUGGGGAGAACAUAAAGAAAGCAUCCUGUGGUUCUUGCUACAGAGUGAAUGACUUAUUGUUUUCUCUGGCUGAUUGACUCCAUUUGGAUUUUCAAACUCAUGCAAGAGUGUCAAACGAAUACAAAAGUAUUUUAAUGUUUUAAAACAAAAUAAAUGGUUAUACUAAAAUGCUCUGAAGUCCUCUAACAAAAACAAGUCACUCCAGAAAUACCUCUCGAACUGAGCCGCUCCUGUCAUAUCUACUGUACUUUCUGUUGAUUGCUGUGUAUUUACCUGUUGAGAUUUAUUUUUAUAUGAUGUUCAGAUGCCAUAUCAGUGUAUAUGUGCUGACUCAUGCUGUCAGAAAAAAAUGCAUUAUCUUCCUCCUGAUAGAAAUACAUAUUUCUAUGUGAAAUUAUGUAACUAAUAUUUAGUUGCCAGACCAGUGAGUCUGCACAAGUAUUGCUCCAUGUUUUCUAUGCUUGUUCAAAUAAAAUAAAGCUAUUCUUUCAUUCAA